AAGAAAGAAAGAAAGAUAGAAAAAGGAAAUGUGGUAAAAGAACUAGAAAACAGCAAGAAGAACAGAAAGAAAAAUUCUGAAACCUUCAAGAAGGAAAAUCUUGUAAACAGAAAAUGAUCAAAGAAACAUUCUCCAACCAAAUACUUAAAUUCAGAGACAAAAAGGAAAGGCACAGCAGUCUACCUAGGACCCUCAACGAACUCCAGGCUCAAGGUUCCACACAAAGUAAAGGAGCGAAAAGACAUCAUCAUGACCACCAGGUUUUUGCUGCACAUUUGCCUCAUACUGCUCUUCUCCACUGAAAUCUCAUCACGGCUAUGUACCAUGCUUCACUUCCAGCAGAACAAAGUGAACAAAGAGAGCUUAGAGCUUCUGCAGAAGAGCGGAAAUUUCCCCUCACAAUGCAUAAAUGAAAGGGCAGCUUUCAAACCCACCCAGGAUAUUGUCCAACUUUCAGUGGCCCAGAAGGAGAAUGCCAAGGUGGUAAUUCAAGAAAUCCUCCAAGAGAUCUUCAAUAUCUUUAGCAAAAACCUCACCCAAAGUGCCUGGGAUGCCACUUCCAUAGUCAGGUUCCAAAAUGGCCUUUACCAGCAAAUUCAGCGGCUGGAGGCAUGUUUGAGAGCACAGAUGGAGAAGGAAUUAACCAACCCGGAAAGUCAGGACCUCCAGAUCACCAGUCGGAGUGUGAAAAAAUACUUUCAGGGGAUAGAUGCUUUCCUGAAAGAAAAGCAAUACAGCCUGUGUGCCUGGGAGAUCAUUCGCGUGGAAAUACCCAGAUGUUUUGUGCUGGUUGACAAACUCACUCGACGGCUGACUGAGAUAUCAGCUGGGAAGUCUCCGAUGCUUGGCUUGGGCUUCCUCAGCGAGGGGAAAUAUACAAUCCGUGCCUGGAUGGUGUGGUGCUCUGUCACCCUCUACUGGCACCUCAACCAUUUAGAGAUUGAGGAGUCUGCUACAACCCUGGCUUAA